AUGGAAAGCAAAUACGUGGCCACGGUGUGCUUACUCGGUCCUCAGUCAGUCCAUCGUGCUCUAAUUCGGUCCGCUAAAAAAAAGAAGCUGACUGGAAAAUGGACGCAUUUUGCCCUUGCCUCGACGCUAGCUCUCCAUCUUCUUCACUCGAUCGAAGCUGCUUUUCCUUCCACCAAAUCGGUCCUCUCCCAGCCCAUCUCCUUCUCCUUGAACGGACAUCACUCAUCCUCUCCAAUGCUUCUGUCUAUCCUCUUCAGCCUCGCUGGAAACCUAUGUCGCUGCCAUCCUCUUCACCGCCAACCACCUCCUUCAUUGUCGAACUUCCAACUCCCUAAAACAUCACAGUACCUACUUACAUCCCCUUCGUUCAUCAUCUUCCUCUUCCAUCACCAGUUAGAUUCUAUCAAUUUCAAUGUGAUUGCUAUUUUUUCACACAAAAUCGAUUUCUUUUCAAUUGCGGGAAUGCUGACUCCAUAUGAUCGACAAGGUGCGAUUUCAAUAUUCUCCUGCAUUGAAUUGCAUCCAAUUUCAGAAAAUAAGGUAGAAUGGCAAUCUUUGAGCAGGUGCAAAAUGGAAUCACCUCAAAGCAUAAUGGGGUUGAUGACGAUGAUUAUGGUAAUUCACUUUAUGAAGAAGAAAGGGAAAAAAAAUUGGUCCACAACUUGCAGUUUAGGGGUAUGUGUGGUUGCUAGUGAUGAUGAGAUGAUAAGAGCAUGGGAAGAAGGAAAAAGAACAAUUUUGUAA